AUGGCUCGUAAGCGUAAGGGGCAGGCCCUUAACGACUGCCCCAAGGAUCUAAACGACAUUCCGUACAUCCGCUGGAUGAACCAGCAGAUCGCCAACGGGCGCCAUCCUAGGGGAUUAUCCGCGCCGCCAGUGCUUGACGGCCAGGGAUCCAGUGCACAGUCGCCCACACCGGCCCCGUCACGUGUGCGCCGUCAGCCUGCAAGGACGGCAGCAAUGCACCGGCCAGUCGUGGAGCAGGACGAUGACGAUGCUGACUACGACGACCGCGACGAAGGCCUCGACUCCGAAGACGAGGAGGAGGAACCAGACGACCUUGGAAUGUCGCCCAGCGACGACGAUGACGACGAUGAGGACGCCGAGGAGGACGCCCCGGAGGAAGCACAGCCUGUCGCUCAGCCGCCAAGACGGAGCGCCACACGCGCACCAGGGUCUGAUAAGGGCAAAGGCAAGGCGGCGCAACCUGCAGCACGCCCGGAGUCGCGGAAGAAACGGGCGGCAGCACCAGUCGAGCGGGGCUUAUGGUCUGACAAGGAGAGCACCAUUUUCGUCGCGGCGAAAUGGUUCAUGAAAGAGGAGCUCGAGCCUCUCAAGGGGAAGCAGAGGACGCAAUACUGGACCCGGUUGCUCGCACACAUCAAGGAGUCGAACCCCGGAUGGUGCAGGGGAGUCAACGCACUGCAGAAGCAGUGGCGCAACUUGAUGCUUCUUUGGCAGGAGUACAAGCGUGCCGACGGGGGGUCGGGCAAUGGCUCGGUGGAGAAACCACCAUGGUAUCCGUACCUGGAACUGCAAAACCAAGACACCGCCGCAGCCGCACCGCAUGGGGUGGACGGAGGCGGCGCGACUAACGUCAACGUGCCGGCCGGCAUGGAGGUUCCAACUUCGUCCCAGCCAGGCACGUCAACCCCAUGCUACAUGGGUGUGUUCCUACUAUUCGACGUUGUUUGGAUCACACAACACGCGGCCCCAGUGAGAAUGCGCCACAACCUGCAGUCGUUGCGCUGGGCGAAGAUGCGCCAUCUCCCUUUGAAGGCGCCGAUGCACCUCUCCACCGCCAUGCGUGUGGCGCUCUAA